AUGGAUAAUGCAGCUUCUGAAGCUUCUACUGCCGUUGAGGGUAUCGCAACCAAGGCUUCUACUGCCGCCGGAACGGUUGUGAGUCAAGCGAGCGAUGCGCUUCGGACCUUGGAAAAAGAACUCCAGUCAGAGCUCCCGGCGUAUUACACCGUCGGCUUGUGGGGCUACUGCGAAGGCAACGAUACUCAAGUCGUCUCCUGUUCCCGGCCAAGCAUAUCUUUCACGUUCAAUAUCUCCGGCAUUCUGAAUUCUGCUUCGACAGAGAUUGAUGAACUGGUUUCAAGAAUCGACGAUAAAGUCCUCACUGGAUAUUACGACGUAUCGAGGGCGGUUAUUUGGUUAUAUAUCUCUGGCUUCGUCGCAGCGACCCUUACAGCACUUCUGGGUAUUAGGAAGACGUUUUUUAAUGGAGGAAAUAAGCUGCUCCUCACUUUCUGCGUGCUUUCCUUGGCCCUUAUCAUGUCCGCAACGAUCGGCGUAAACGUCAUAUACCGUCUGAACACAUCCGGGAUCAAUACAGUUCUGGGCAGCUUUGGCGCUUCAGCCAGUCUUGGAACGCACAUGCUAGCCGCUGCUUGGCUUGCAUUCGCAUUUUCCAGUAGUGUCUUGUUGCUCUGGCUGAUCCAGUCAUAUUGUUGUAGCUGA